AUGUCUAAAGAAAAAUUGUCCAAGAAGACUAUUAAAUACACUUCUUCAUGUUAUGGUGGUCGCAAUUAUGGCUAUCAAUUUUCACGUGGUUCUGGUCGUUACCAACCUCACUCGUUUCGCCCCACGGGUGCCCCCCAAGCAUAUACUGGUAUUCUGGGUCCUUCUCCGUCUCCUGAUGUUUGUCAAAUUUGUGACAUUCCAGGCCACCGUGCAGACCAAUGCUAUCACCGCUAUAACACUGCUUGCACUCCUAAUGAUCUUCCUAGGUCCUUUGCUGCCAUGUCUGUUGGUGAAACCAAUGACUCCUCUUGGUAUCCCGACUCUGGAGCCUCAACUCAUAUGACUCCCCAUGAAGGACAAGCUCCAGGGGACAACUCUUCUCAAAGUCACCGGUAGCGGCGAUCUUUAUCAAAUUCCUUCCACUUUUGUCAACAAUUCAGCUUCAGCCCUGCUCACUACCAAAUUCUCUGCUCCUAUUUGGCAUCGACGUCUUGGUCAUGCUAGUCACAAUGUUUUGCAAUCAAUUCAGCGCAUCUGUCCAACAUUAGGCAUCUCCCCAUCGGCUACUAAAUGUCUCCCUUGUAAUUUGGGCAAAUCUUGUAGAUUACCUUUUCAUGCUGUUGAUCAUUGUACUUCUGAACCGUUACAACUUAUUCACUCUGAUGUAUGGCAGUCUCCUAUAAUAUCCAAUUCUGG